AUGGCGCCCAAAAGCCUUGUUCUUGCAGCUUUGGCUGCCGCUGCCCUGGCUCAGACUCCAGCAGAUCUGGUUACUGUCCUCAAUUCCACCGAUGGGGCUUCCACCAUCAGCGAAGUGGUGUCGGAAGUCCCUGGCUUUCUGGAUGCUCUAUCCGGAAAGACAAACCUCACCUUCCUUGCCCCGAAUGACACCGCUAUUGCCGAGUUCUUGAACACUCCGGAAGGACAAGCACUUGAGGAUGCAGGCGACGACUACCUCUUGAACCUGUUGCUCUACCAUGUCAUCGAUGGAGGGUACAACAAUAUCACGGACUACUAUAUCUCCCCGACCUUGUUGACGUCAAGCAAUUAUACCAACGUGACUGGUGGACAAAAUGUUGGUAUCUAUUAUGACGAUGACGAAGAUGUCGUUGGCUUCUAUGGUGGAUUGGACUACAACCCCGAGGGACCUCCGACGCCCAUCCCUUUCUCUCAAGGAUGGAUCUAUCUCAUCAACGGCGUGAUGAAGAUUCCCCCAAGUGUCUCCGAGACCGUGACCUCAGGCGACUUCAAUGGCAGUUCCUUUGUAACAGGUCUGAACGAAACUGGUUUGACUGAGCAAAUUGACCUGCUCCACGAUGCGACGUACAUCAUUCCGACCAAUGAUGGCUUCGACGCUGUCGAGCAAGCGCUCUCCGAGUUGAGCACCGAGCAGCUGGCUGACGUGCUCAAAUACCACGUGGUGGCCGGCAAAGUCUGGCACUUUGACGACCUCGAGAACGGAACGCAGCUGACGACGUUGCAAGGCGAGUCCCUGACAGUUUCUGUUACUCCUGCAGGAGACUACUUCAUCAACAAUGCCGGAAUCAGUUACGUCGACCUCGCGGUUUCUGAAGGCGUCGUCAUCUUCGUUGACAACGUGCUGAACCCUAAUGCCUCCUGGUCCCCACCAGUCAAUGGUACCGAGGACGGUGUGCCCGCAUGGCCAGUCUCGAACGCCGCCAACAACGGAAGCGAACCUUCAAGCACUGCGACAGCGAGCAGCACGCUUGCCACUGCUACCUUUACUGGGUUGGCUGCUGCGCCAUUGAAGACUGGUGCUGUUGGUGCGGCUGCUAUAUUCGGUGGGGCUGCAUUGGCGCUCGUGCUCUAG